AUGUCCACCCCCUCCACCUACCUCUCCCCCUCCCUCUCCGCUCCCACCUUCUCCCCGACGACUUACACCAACACCCUCAUCCUCUCGACCAACAACCCCUCCGACACACCUUUAGACCUCUCCACACCCCUCAGCCGGGUCCUCUUCGACGUGCAAGAAGUCGACACACACAUCGACUCUCUCACCACACAAUCCGCACUGCCCAUCAUCCAACACACUUCCUCACAAAAUUCUGCUGCGCAACAAAUUCUAUCGAGUGUCGAAGAGCAAGUCGAAACUCUCCAGACGAGUUUUGCAAGAUUGAGAAAAGAGGUUACAGAGAGAUAUGAGGAGGCUGAAGAAGUGAGACUCUGCAGUGAGAAUUUGGUGAAGACGUUGAGGUUGGGCAGGGCGGUGCAGAGAGUUGUUGGGUUGGGGAGGAAUUUGCAGGCGAGGAUGGAUGAGGUGGUGGGUCAUCAAAACAAUCAUAAUUCUCAGGGGUAUAGGAGUAUGGUUCCUGCGGCGAGGGCGGUCUUGGAGAUGAAAGAAUGUUUUAUGGGGGCGGAAGGGGCUUUGUUGGGGAAAGUUGCGGUCGCGGCGAGUGUGAGGCAGGAUGUGGGGAGUGCGUUGGAGAGGACGUUGGUGGAGAGGUGUCGGGGGGUGGUGAGGGAGUUUUCUAUGAGUGGUGUUUCUUCUUCUGCUUCUGCUUCUACUUCUGCUUCGACGACAACGACGACAACGACAACGUCGACGAGUUCGCUUGCAGGACAAGAAAAGACAUUUGCACAAAUGGAAGAGACGAAAAAGAAAGCCGAAGCGAGUUUACAAACACUCUAUCUCCUCUCGCCGCCGCCCGUCGUCAAGUUGGGUCAUCAGAAUGCCACAGACAUCAUGUUCGAGCCGACGUUGAUGAUUCAAGCUUUGAAAAAUUACAUCGAUUCCGCUCUCACGUCCAGUCUCGCCUCUCUCAGUCGCGCUCUAGCAACUCUGCCCAUGCUGGACCGCACCCUCUUGGAAAUCUCCGCUCGAUGUCAAAAUAUUCUGGCUCUCGAAUCUUUGCUCGAAACUGUCAAACCCCCUAUGAUAAACAUCCAUCCGAGUCUGUCAUCGUCUACGAAAAAAGAUACGACAACAGAUGAUACAGGAAAUCUCCUCCAGCCGCUCCUUCGCCAUUUGGAAACUUCUUCUUUACCUUCAUAUUUCUGGCGAACAAUGGCUUCGCAGCUGACGGCACGCGUGCAAGAUAUUUUGUCGCGAGGAGGCGUGAGUGCGAGGACGCUGCGCUCGAAUCGGAAUCAUGUACGAGAUGCUAUUCGCGAGUGUGUGGAUCGUGGGUAUCGGGGCAAAUUCAUGGGUAAAGGACAGGUUGUUGAAAAGGGGAAUUGGGAGAGAGAAGCUGCUGUUAUGGUGGGAAGUGUGAUUGGACCUUUGGGGAGAUGA